UUAGGAGUUGGAUAUGGACAAGUGUUCGGUACGGCUAUUGUGUCCACGUACUAUGCCACUUUGAUGGCUCUUACUCUUCGUUAUUUGAUAGAGUCGUGUUAUCCGACGCUGCCCUGGAGUUAUUGUCGCGAAGAGUGGGGCGACGCCUGUAUCGAUUCGAAGCUCAAUAAAACAAACGUUUUCACAAAUGAAACUAAAGUGAAAAGCACAUCGGCGGAAUUUUAUUUCACAAAAGUAAUUUUGCGAGAAAAGGACUCCAUACAUGAUGGAAUAGGUUACCCAAGUUGGUCGUUAGCCCUGACACUAGCUGUUUCUUGGCUCGUGAUAGUCUCCAUACUUCUUAAAGGCAUUAAGAGCUCGGGCAAGGCAUCAUAUGUCCUUGCACUUUUUCCCUAUGUGGUUAUGUUUAUCCUACUCAUACGUUCAUUGACACUGCCAGGCGCUCUCAAUGGUGUUUUGUAUUUUCUGAAACCUCAGUGGGAUAAACUUCUAGACCCAAAGGUAUGGUAUGCAGCUGUUACUCAAGUAUUUUUUUCGCUUGCCAUUUGUUUUGGAAACAUAAUCAUGUACGCCUCGUACAACCGAUUCCGGCACAACAUAAAAAGGGACUGCACAAUUGUCACCACCUUAGACACGUUCACUUCGCUUCUCUCUGGUGUAAUCAUUUUCGGCAUCCUCGGAAACUUAGCUCACGAAUCAAAUACCUCUGAUAUACAAAAUGUUGUAAAGAGUAACACGGGACUCGCGUUCAUCUCGUAUCCAGACGCCAUAUCUAAAUUUGAGUUUCUACCACAAGUAUUUUCCGUGCUCUUCUUUUUGAUGUUGUUUGUACUGGGUAUCGGAAGCAAUGUGGGCAUGGCUUCGUGCGUUAUGACCGUAUUAAAAGAUCAAUUCACCAACACAAAACAAUGGAUUAUUGCUGUGGGCAUCGCUGUUGUAUGUUAUGGAAUCGGCCUUAUAUAUAUAACUCCAGGUGGUCAAUAUCUAUUGAACUUUAUGGACUUCUACGGGGCGUCGUUCGUAGCUUUAGUAUUGGCGAUAUUCGAACUGAUCGCUGUUGGCUGGAUAUAUGGCGUAAAAACCCUGUGUCAUGACGUUUACUUCAUGUUGGGUAUAAAAACUUCUCUCUAUUAUCGGAUUUGCUGGGGAUUAAUUACACCCGCCUUCAUGGCUGCAGUUCUGAUCUAUACGCUGGUGAACUAUACGCCCUUACAAUACAAUGGCUAUACCUAUCAGGAUGGAUUAUACAUUUUUGGUUGGUGCGUCUCAGGUUUCGGCUGUGGUCAACUACUUGUUUGGGCUAUAGGCGAAGUUUGCUACCGAACCAGUGGGACAAUGUGCGAGCGGAUAAAGGAGAGCUUUAAGCCCGAAGCCGAUUGGGGGCCAUUGGACCCUGCUACUUUGAAAGAGUAUCAGCUAUUCAAAACAGAAGAACGGACAAAUGAAAUGUUUAAAAAAACUGGAAUCUGCUACAAAAUAUACGAUAAUAUAUUUGGUUAG